AUGGGUCCUCGAAGCUACAAUCUCUACCAUCAUCCUUACUCCGUCUGCUCCAUCAUGGUCAGGUAUACGCUAGCUCUAGCAGGCGAGCCUCGAGACACCGAUUCCGCUAUGGACAUCGAAGAGAAAGUUAUCGAUAUCUUCCACAACGCGCAACUCGACGAAGAAUACCUAUGUAACGUCAAUCCGAAAGGCCAGGUGCCUGUCUUGAAGUCCUCGUCUCUCGUCAAGCCUUUACCGGAUAGUGUGGCUAUCACGCACUUCAUCGCUGAACACUACCCAGCAUUGUUUCCAGCGGCUCAUGCACCAGAGAUCACAAGAUUAUUGAAGGAAUUGCACAGGCUGAACUUCUUCUCUCUCUGUUUCGGGAACAGACCACAGGUCGCGCAGGGGUUUGUCAAAGCCCUUCAUGAUCGACUGGGGAGGGAGGAUAUAACUAAAGAGUACAGGAGAGCUUUGGAGUACAAGCUUUCUGUGACACAGGAGGAGAAAGUCAAGGGCGUGGACUCCGAUACCAUCACCCAUACUGAGCAAAGAGCCCGAGCGGUAGUGAAAGAGCUCGAGACUUUGCUCGUAGAUGGUCAACCGUGGCUUUUUGGUUCAAAGCGCCCAAGUGCGCUGGACGCUCACUUCGUUGUUUUCCUGAGGCGCAUGCGGGACGUGAAGAGGGAGGAUCUGUUGUCACGGAGGUUGAUCCAGUAUUGCGAUGAGGCCAUGACGAUGCCGGAGUGGGAGAAGGUGAUGGAGGGCAGGAAGACUAUGGUUGCGGCGUAG